AUGGGCUCCCGGCACUUCCCUGCCCGCACCGUGCUCUUUGAGAAGGAGUCCAACGGCGUCACGUACCGUGUGCCCGCGCUGCUGUACCUGCCCUGCGUGGCCAAGCUGCUGGCGUUCGCGGAGGAGCGGCUGAGCGCUGACGAUGCCCACGCCAACCUGCUGGUGCUGCGCCGCGGCUCCAUCUAUGGCAGCUACGUGGAGUGGGAAGACAUGCGUGUGCUGGAGACGGCGACACUGCAGCACCACCGCUCAAUGAACCCCUGCCCGCUCUACGAUGAGUUCACCGGCACCCUCUUCCUUUUCUUCAUCACGGUGCUGGGCAGGACACCUGAAGCCUAUCAGAUUGUCACCGGCCAAAACGUCACCCGCCUCUGCUGCAUCACCAGCACUGACCAGGGCCUGAGCUGGAGCAAAGCCACGGACCUGACGCAGCAGGUCAUUGGUGUCCACCCAUGGUACUGGGCAACGUUCGCACUGGGCCCCGGGCAUGGGAUCCAGCUNCGGUCGGGCCGGCUGCUGGUGCCUGCCUACAGCUACCACAUCGACUGCAAGGAGUGCUUCGGGCAGCUCUGCAAGACCACCCCUCACUCCUUCGCCUUCUACGCCCUCUACAGUGAUGACCCCGGCCGAGGCUGGCGCUUCGGUGAGUUCAUCCCCAACCUGCAGACAGGCGAGUGCCAGCUGGUCUCGGUGGACGAGGAGGAUGGCUCCAACGUCCUCUACUGCAACGCCCGCAGCCCCCUGGGCUUCAGGGUCCAGGCGCUCAGCACGGAUGACGGGGCUGUCUUCCACGGGGGGCAGCUGGUGCAGCGGCUGGUCGAGCCCCCCCAUGGCUGUCAUGGAAGCGUUGUCGGCUUCCCUGCACCUUUUGUCUAUGUCCCUGCCCCACCCCGGGAUGCCGUGGUGCCCAUCCGGGGCUCAGCUUCCCAGUUGCGACCUAGGGUGCUCCCGGGAUUUCGGUACCUGCCCGCUGGGCAGGCAGUGGGUGAUGAGCUGUCUGCAGUAGCCACUGAGCCCGAGGAGGGCUGUCCUACCCCCGGGCAUCACAGCCAUGCCCAUGGCAACACCUUGGUCCGAAGGGACCCUGCAGUGACCCCCAGGCCCGCUGGCUUCUUCCAAGCACCGACAUGGAUCCUCUACUCCCACCCCACCAGCUCCAUGUCGCGCGUCAACAUGGGGGUUCACCUGAGCACCUUCCCCAGGGAUGUGGAGAGCUGGACUGAGCCAUGGGUCAUCUAUGAGGGCCCAAGUGCUUACUCAGACCUGGCUUACAUGGAGCUGCCCUACAACGAGGCCUCCAUCGCUGGUGGCCCAGCCAUUGCUUUCGCCUGCCUCUAUGAGAACGGGACACGGUCACCCUACGAGCAGAUCUCCUUCAGCAUGUUUACACUGCACGAUGUGCUCCAGAACAUCCCCCUGACAGCCACUAGUUCCCAGCAGGAUGGUAGCCCCCCAUGCUGCAGGAAGCAGGGGCGAAGGCGCUGCCUUGUCUCUUAG